UUGAAAGUCGACCAACUAUAGAGCCAUAGUUUUUUUUAACUAAUAAGAGACUGUUCUCCUAAAUAAUAAGAACAUUAACAUAUAAGAUUGUAAUAUUUCGAAAAUGGGUGAUAGUAGAAUUUGUGAUAUAAGCGAUGAAGUUCGAGCAAAAUUAAAAGAGUUCCGUUUUCGAAAAACUCAAAUAAACUCAGCACUCAUAUUAAAAGUCGACCGCGAGAAACAACUUGUUGUUAUUGACGAUGCCAUAGAUGACAUUUCUGUUGAAGAUUUACAGGAGCAACUGCCAGGACAUCAGCCACGUUAUGUUAUUUACACAUACAAAAUGGUGCAUGAUGAUUCUCGAAUAUCAUAUCCUAUGUGUUUCAUCUUCUAUACACCACGAGAUAGCCAAAUUGAAUUGCAGAUGAUGUAUGCUUGCACUAAAAGUGCCCUACAACGGGAGGUGGACCUAACACGGGUCUACGAAAUACGUGAAUUAGAUGAAUUAACUGAAGAAUGGUUAAAGGAAAAGUUGAGUAAAUGAGGCAGGCACAUGUACAAACACACGAAACAAUGCCAAUCAAGCAAUAUACAAUAAAUAUCAACCACUUUGCAUUUAGAAUUCGUCUGAAGCGGACGCUUCGGGAUUCGAUGCUUAGUCAUCGUUAUACACAGUACAGUUAUAACUGUACAUUGGUUUUAA